AUGGAUCCGUUCACGUCGUCCCCUUCGUCGAGCGGGCUGCCUUCGUCGUCCGGGCCGUCGUCGGAUGUGUUGAUGAACCAGCUCAAGGUGCAGCUUGCCCAGGCCUACGCGGAGGAGUUCCUCGAGGUCUGCGCUCUUAUCCCCCUUCUUCGCUAUGUGGGAAUUGAUGUGCCAUUCGUCGUUUUUGCUUAUCUAUUUUUCAAUCGAUCCAUUUGCGUCUGCUGUGGCCUGGAUGUUAUUGUGGGAAGUAUCGAGUGUCCCCGCGCUCUGGUAUUGUUCUACUGAAAAAUAUUACUUUUGCCGCUCAUCUGCGUCUCCUUGAUGUAGUUCUUGUUACCGGGACCUUGAGACAUCGCCUGCGACCUUUUUUCUUCUCAAAUCUGGUCACUCUUCAAUGCCCUGGGACUGCAUUUUUGGGAAUGAUUUAGUUCUUCUGGGUUCUUUGGAAGUUAAAUAGAUGCGAGUAGCUUACGGCAAGUUCAGAGCUGGUUCUUGCUGAAGAGAGGAAGAAAUGGACGUCGAUUAAAUGUACCCCCCCACAGAACAGAAACGCAAAGGCUGUCUCUGUCAUGUUAGGCGUAUUCUUGGUGGAUAUUUUCCGUUGUUUGAUUCCCCUUCAAGGUAUGCUCUGAUAUCGUCGUGAAAAUUCUCCGAUAUAUUGAGCGUUUUCUUUGCCAACUCUAGGCAAAUACUUGCUCCGUUGUGGAGAAUGGGUAGAUCAUGGUGCAAAACAGCAAGUGAUGCGUCUCUUUUCAUCUUUAUGUUGCUGCUCGCAGGAAGACAAUAUGCCAGUUGGCUUGGCUCAAGCCGAAUCUUUCUCCAACGCAUCCUGAAAAAGCUUGUAACCUGAACCAGAUCUGAUCCUCUCGGACCAAAUCCGCCUCAUCAACCGGGUUUCUAAUAUAAGAACAUAAUAUGUAAAUAGAAAGAGAAAAAAAAUGUAAGGAAGCUGAAACUGCGGAUAAAUGACAGAUUUUAUGGAAGUGUAUUGAUAGAUUUGGAAGUCCUCAAAGGUUGAAAACCAGGAAAUAUGGCAUGAAUAAUCCCUUAUCCCGGCCCAAGUCCAUCUGUCACCCUCACUUUUCGCAUGUUGAUCUCAACCAUCUCUGGGUAAUCUUUUUUCCGUCGAAAUUAAAUCUUUGAACGGUUUGGAUUUGCGCCAUCCUGUGUGGAGAACUAUGUUUGUAAACACUGGCUAGAUUAGAUCUACGAGCAAGGCAAAUGAUGUGUGGUUGUUCCAGAAACUUUUUCUCCAGUGACUUUUCCAUGGGCUUCUUGUUGGCAGACUGUGAGGAGCAAGUGUUUCACAAAGUGCAUCACCAAGCCAGGGUCGAGCUUGAGCGGGAGCGAAAGCAGCUGCAUAUCUCGGUGUGUGGAGCGGUACAUCGAGGCCACUGGCAUUGUCGGCCGGGCUCUUUUCAGUUCCACCCCCCGCUAA